AUGGCCCUUCCGGUUUUUGAAAAUGAAUUCCUGGUGCAGCAGCCGCCUGGCCCCAUCUACGUGCAAACUGGAGAAGUUCUGACUCUGGAGUGUGAGGUGACUGAAGAAUCUCCACCAGGACCUGUGAAGUGGUUCAAGGGGGAAGGUGAAAGUCGGAAGCUCAUCUUUCCGGUUGAUAGAUCACCCCACAAAGCAAAAAGAAGAGCCAGAUAUUCCACCACAGACUUUACCAUCUUCCUUCCUAAUGUUGUUCCUGAGGAUGCUGGAAUUUAUUAUUGUGUAAAGCUGAAGAAAUUGUUUAGAGAAGAAGAAGAAGACUUUCAAAGCGGACACGGAACUGAGGUAUUCGUGGACACCCAGCCUUUCCAGCCAAUGAUCAUCAGCCCUGCGUGCAGAGUGGAUUCAGGAGACGUAGCAACUUUCAACUGCUGGUCACGUGGAUUCCCUUCCCAAGACAUCAGAGUCACCUGGACCAAAAAGCAGAACCAGAUUGAAGCCCUCCCGCCCACCAUUACAUCAGAAAAUACCACCUACCGUGUCACAAGCAGUGUGCAAGUACCACUCGAAGAGAAAGACAUCUACUCAACGCUCAUCCGUAACAUCGAUUUCAGCUCCUCAGAAAGGCCCCUGCAGCAGAGUUUUGACCUCAGAGGCAUCCUACGAGACACGAAGAGCUGGUACCAGCAAAAAGAAGACAAAACUCUCCUCUCUUCUACCCUGAUGGCUGCAUCAAGCUCAUUCUCCAAGUUGCCUUGUGUAUUCCUGCUGUUCUCCCUUCUCCUGGCAGUCUUUGCCGGGCCAUCCCAGCCAAUAAUCACCCCCCGUUUAAGCCGAGUGGCUUCAGGAGCCACGGCAACUUUCACCUGCCAGGCAACUAGAUUCAAUUCCGAAGACAUCACAGUCACCUGGAUCAAAGAUGGGAACAAGAUUGAAGCUCUUCCGCCCAUCAUUACGCCAGAACAAACCACGUACCGCAUGAAGAGCACCGUGCAUGUGCCACUCACCGAGAAAGAUUUCAACUCAACACUCACUUGUCACAUCGAACACAGCAUCUCGUCAGAAAGCCCCAUUCAGCAGAGUUAUGAUCUCAGAGAUGUCCUACGAGUUGCUCCACAGGUGACAGUGGAAACCAGCCUGUCUUCUCCCAUCCCAUUGAAUCAGUCUGUGAGACUCACCUGCGUAGUGAAUAACUUUUAUCCCAAUAACAUCACAGUGGCCUGGUGGAGAAGCGACUACCGCAACUUUACACAAAGGGCUGAUAAUGGAAAUCGAAAUGUAAAUGGGACAUACUUCAUCAGACUUCCCUUAUCUACACGGAAAAGUAGACGGAGCGCGACCAAUUACACCUGCAAAGUGAUUCAUGCUUCUCAAAGCCCAGUUUACGUCUCUAGAGUAUUGAAUUUUGGGACGCAGCCUGAAGAAAAUGGAAACGCCUGUGUCAUUGAGUCAGGUCUAUUUCUGCUCUCCAACCCUGGUCUCUGGAUAGGAUUACUUGUGGGCAAGACCGUCGUUGCUCUCCUCAUCUUAUUCCUUCUCUUGAGAAAAUUAGCAAAGACGUUUUCAGCAUUAACAAAGACGAAAAAGGACUUGACUAAGUGA